CAAAUCCAUAAUAAGGAAGGCUGCAAGGGUGCAAGGUUGGUUGUUGACACAGACAGUGUAAGAAGACGACCACCCAAGCUAGCUCCAGGCCGACCCUUGAAACCCUCAUCGACUCAUGGGUCUUUCCGGUUCUUCUCUUCGCCGUUCCGAAGAAUCAUCAUCCUCUUCCUCCCGACAACCAAAGAGUCUUACUCAAGUUCAAGACGAGCUUGUCAAGAAAUAUGCUUCCGGUGCUGUGGUUAUUCUGACCAGAACUCCUCCGAGAUCAGCUGAUGACUUUAGGCGGGAGUAUCUUCUGCAGAAAUACCCUACUUGUGAGGAAUGGAUUCAACGGUUCUACAAGUUACAACGCCUCUGUAGGAGCAAUUGCCCUGAAUGGUCCAAGAUAAGGAUUGAGACCUGUGGCCUUGAGGUUUGCCCUGAAAAGUUACUGAAUGACUCGACUUCCGUUAGCUUGCUAAUGACUCAAAUCUAGUUGCGUCCGGAUGUGAAGAUCCCCAACAGAGGCUUGGUUUAUUUGCAGUUGAUCUGUUGGAAGAUUUGUAUCUUUCCUCCCUUGAUAGCUUGCAUUUUAAUUAGACGAAACAAAUAAGUAGAGAAGUUAUGGCCUUCUGGGAAGGUGGCUAAUGUCUUAAAACUCAGUCUUGUAGAUGAUUUGGUCAAUGGUUUGAUGUGGUUGAUCAUUUUUAUUUGUGUUCCUGUUGAUUAGUGUAUGCUUUGUUUGAUCUAACGAACGAGU